AGAUUCUCAAACUUCCUGAUAUGGGUAUCAACUUCGAUAGGUCUACAUUCUUCUCAAUUCCAACUUGCCAGAUUGUGUUUUCUUUGCCCUUGAAACCUAAAAAUAAUAACAAAAUAAUUUGUAUUAAGAUGCAUGGUGAUCUAAGAUGGAGAACAAUACUUACCGUGGUUUUACGCUGGUAAUAGAGGAUGUACUUUAUGACAAUGGAACUUUUUAUUGUGUUUUUCCUGGUGGAGUGUUGGGGCUUACUCUCUUGCUUCCCAAGAAUUGAAAUUACUUACAGAUAUGAUGCCAAUCUUAAAUGUAACAUUUCGAUCCGAGAUCCGAGUGGUUGAAUCUGAUGGGAACCUUUUGCUGGUAUAUCCUUCUGUGGGCUUUAAUAUUUUCCGGUUUGAUUGGUCACUGAUGACUUGGGUCGAGCAAGAUAGCUUACAGAACAAAGCAUUACUGCUUUGUUGUACUUCGUAUUCAAUUUCAGCAGAGAAAAACACAUCAGCUUUAGUGGACAAUUUCUAUUAUCAUAGUCACGAGAACACUUUCUUCUACUCUCUCAAGACCCGUGAAUCUCACAAAUGUUCUGAAUUCUAUCAUUGGGUAACUCGGCGUGUUCCAGAAAAUUCUGGAUUGAACCCCCUGAGGUUUAGAUCUUUUCAUUAUGGCAGGUAUGUCUUGUCAGUUCGGUAAUGUUGAUUAAAUAUGAAUUUAUAGAGAAGAUUUGGCUAUUCAAUCAUUGUGGACCUGCCAUGGCAACUUGUGCUUUAUGGUUAAAAGAUUGUUUCUUAGCUGUUAUUUUCUUAUCUAUCUAUCUACUGAUUUGGCAUACUAUUAUAUGAGUAUUUUUAUUCAAUAUCUCCAUAUGCUAAUUCUGUCAUAUUAUGGGAAACAUGUCGAUAUCUCCAUCAUUAUAUCUGUAGAUUUGUCAGUAUUUUGAGACAUCGAUGCAUCAAUCAUUGUCAAUGUUUUCUAUACUGUUCUCGAAUACAGACAAUCUUAUAAUAGUAACUCACUCAGUCACUCUAUGAAAUUUUAUGGGCUGUUGCAUAUGUUAUCUG